UGUGUGUGUUGUAGGUCUUUGUAUGUGUCCACAUACAUACCCCUACAUGCACAGCCGCCCCCCCCCCUUGUCUACGUAUUUCCGUCCGACCAGGCCCAGCGACCCUCCAGCUCCCUUCCCACUAUGCCUGGCGACGAGCGCGAGGCGGCCCAGGAGGCGCGGGGCGCGGCGGGCACCAGGUGGCUCAGACCCACGGUCAUGGCGGAGGGAGUCUUCGACAUGCUACAGGCUCGCGGGAUGGUCAUCACCGUCUACUGGAUGACCCUCCGCAGCGCCGAGCCCCUGCAGGAGGACCACGUCCGGCGGGCGCUGGUGCAUCUCUUGAGGAAGGUGCUGCCCCUGAGGACGUGUUUCCGCAGGCGAGGCGACUGCUUGUGGUUGUGCGAGAUGGACGAGGAGGCCCGUCGACUUCCAGGUGAAACGUCAUUGUUGUGUGAUACAAAUGGAUUCGUAAAUUAGCGUAUUUUUUCGUGUAGUUUUUUUUCCCUCCUGGGUUACACUUGUUAAAGGGUGUAAGCUUGUUUAGUUGUAAUUCAAAGUGAAUUGCUUGUCCCUCUGCUACGCAUUUUGUAAAUUCAUAUCCGGUUCAGUUUUGAAAUCCAGCUUCUCGCGCUGUCCUUUCGUAGUCCCUAGACAGACAGACACCAGCUGCCUUCUCCCGAAAUCUCGCUUAAAUCGGCACAUGGGAUUAAGUUGGGGUUAUGGAGAUGAGCUGAAGGAAAACUCAAGGUUGGU